AUGUGGUGGUUGGACCCCGGGAAAGAAGUAUUGAAUGUGUUGUUCAAUAGGAUACUCGCCCCGUAUGUCGAGAACCUUGAUAUGAAUCAAGUAAACUAUGGCAUUGGGCAAGGUAGUCAAUUAACGCUACGCAACUUGCGCCUCAAGAAGGGCGCUUUGGAUAAGUUCAGACUCCCAGUAGAUGUUCUCGAAGGCCACCUCGGGACAUUCACGCUGUCUCUCCAUUGGAUGAACCUCGGCAACCAGCCUGUCGAGAUAUUGAUCGAAGAUGUGUAUAUGCUCGUCGUACCCUCUCCGCAAACAAACAUUGAUCCGGAGGAGGAAACACGGCGAGCACUGGCCGCCAAACUUGAGCGGUUGGAAAAUGCAGAACUUUUGCAUAUGCGUGGUCAAGUAGGACUACCCUCAGAAGAAUCUCCGCAGUCACAGGGUCUCUGGGCUUCAUUAACGGCUAAGAUAAUCAACAAUCUGCAGGUGACCGUAAAGAACAUUCACAUACGGUAUGAAGACAAUAUGAGCGUUCCUGGUCAUCCUUUCGCCGCGGGCAUCACGUUGGCAGGUUUCACAGCGGUGUCGGUUAACGAGGAAUGGCAACCGGCUUUCAUAGAAAGCACCGCCGGUGCAAUACACAAGUUGGCUAGGUUGGAAUCACUAGCGGUAUACUUUGAUACAGAUUCGCAAAGUAUGGCAGGGCUGCCCCUCUCUGCAGCCAAAGAGAAGUUCAUUGCCAUGAUAUCACAAAAGGAUCACCAGUCAUCCCAUCAAUUCAUUCUCAGCCCGGUAUCGGGUGAGGGUAGAAUUGUUAUGAACCACAAACUUGACAAGAACACACCACACUUCGACGUACAGCUGCUGUUUGAUCAAAUCGGUAUCGCCUUUGAUGACAACCAAUAUCGAGAUGCCAUAUCUUUGGCUGAUAUGUAUCACGUCUACCUCCGUCAACGUCAGUACAGAAAAUUUCGUCCAAGCGACGAGGAGUUCAAAGCGAACCGAGCAAGGGCAUUGCUACGCUUUGCUGCCCAGGCGAUUUUGGAUGGUGUGCACGACCGACGUCGUAAAUGGACUUGGGCGUACUUCGCGGAACGUCGAGACGAUCGCAACAAAUAUGUCGAGUUAUUCGAGAAGAAGACGGUGAAUAUAUUGCGUGAAUCCGACACUGCGUUGCUCAAUGCAUUGGAAUGUAAGUUGUCAUAUGAGGACAUUCGCUUCUACAGGUCGAUUGCACGUUCCCGUCUACGAAAGGACAUGGAGCUGAAGAAAAGGCUUGAGGAAGACCGCGCUACACAACAGCAACAACAUUCUGGUGGUUGGCUAUCCUGGCUCUGGGGGUCCCAGGCAGAUCAGCCGAAAGACGACCUCGUUUUUGGAGGUGAAAUGACAGAGGAGCAACGCAGGCAGCUCUAUGAUGUACUUGAUUACGACGAGAAAUCGGCCAUUGUCGAUUCGUUCGAGGCACCUCGAGAUGCUCUCAAGGCUCGAGUGGUUGCGGAACUCAAGAAGGGGUCAUUUGCACUGAAGGUUGAUCCGAGUGGGAAAGCUACCGAAGUCAUCUCCACGGUUUUCGACUCCUUUCGUGCCGAAGUCAUCCAAAGACCGGACAAUUUUGAGGCAGCUGUAUCCUUAAGAGGAUUUAGUGUUUUUGAUGGGACGACCAAGAAUACACUGCAUCGACAGAUAGUCCGAGUCAAGACCCCGAUAGCAGAAGAUGCUGAGGCUAUUGAGCACGGGGAAGCUGAAGAUCCAUUUUUCUUCGUGAAAUUUGAGAGCAAUCCUCUCGAUGAACGCGCCGACACCGCGCUCACAGCCCGCAUGCGCCACAUGGAAAUAAUUUAUCACAGGGGGUAUGUCGAAGCCAUUUUCAAAUUCUUUCGCCCACCCGAGAGCCAGUUGGAAUCAGUCGAAGCUCUAUUAAAUGUAGCAAGCCAGACACUGGAGGGCUUACGAAAGGAAACUCGAGCUGGUUUAGAGUAUGCUCUGCAAACUCAUAAAACUAUUGAUCUUCAACUGGAUAUGAACUCACCCAUCAUCAUCAUUCCAGAAGACGUCACUACGCACCAAUGCAGUCAUCUUGUUAUCGAUGCUGGCCACAUAGCUGUCGAAAGCGAUUUGGCCGAUAAAGAUGCUCUGCGAGAGAUACACGCAAAACGAAACCAGCCAUACGGCGAGGAUGACUACAAGAGAUUAGAGUCACUAAUGUAUGAUAAGAUGUUGCUCAAGCUCCAGGCAGCUCAGUUUGUCUUAGGCAACGAUCUCCAAGCUUGCCGUGAUGCUCUCACUUCUGAGAAGAGCGACACUCUCCAUCUACUGGAACGUAUAAACAUCAACUUGUUGGUACAGAACUCCAUUGUACCGUCUGCUGUCAAUCUCGCUCGAUUCAAGAUUUCCGGGAAAUUGCCCAGUCUUCAAGUGAACAUCUCCGACGCCAAGUACAAGUCUUUAAUGCGCAUUAUAGAUGUUGCGAUCCCAAACUUUGAUGAAGGCGGCGAGCAGAAACCUCCCCAGAUGCACAUCGAUAGUGCAUCACUUGUGCUGCCUUUGUCAGCUGGUUUGUUUGGACCUGUCGACACAGAAUAUAAUGUAGAUGAUCAUGAUGAGGUCGACAGCGAAUCUGCAUCGACACACAGAGACGAUCUGUUCUUUGAAGCAAGCGAUGGCUCGCUCGAGCAUCCUGAAAUCCGACAACACAUAUUUGAGCUUGAUUUCGAAGUUGACACUCUUCGUGGGGCUAUCUCAAAGUCUAGUGGCGAUGGCAAUGAGAAACCACUCGGGGAAGUCAUUUUCCAGCAGUUUCGACUCGCGUUCUCGCUUCUCAAAUUCAAUAUGAAUGUGGAUAUUAAUUUGAGAUCCCUUGCAAUGAACGUCGUGCAAGCUGCUGGAGAUUCCAUUCAACUGAUGUCUUCUGAAAGCACGGGUUCCGUCAUUAAAGAUCUCAUGAAGAUAUCGUACAAACGGGUUCAGAAAAAUUCACCCGAAUUUGCAACCGUCUACGAAAGCAUCGACCAAAGUGUUGAUGUCCAACUAUCCACGUUUAUAUUCCACGCUGCACCAGAACCAGUCGUGUCGCUUUACGAUUUCAUCAUGACGACGUUUGUUCCUCAAAGCCCAGAGCAACCUGCGAACACAACAUCAAGUACGAUCGUUAUCUCAGAUGAAGGGGAAUUAUCUCCGCCUGCUAGUGACACGGGAACCAUCAGAGUAUCUGUCAGACUUGAUAGUGUGCAAGUUCUGCUCCUCAACGACCUCGAUAGUUUAGCCACUCUUUCUUUAUCUACAGCAGACGUCCAGUUACUUCUCCGAACGAACACGAUGGGGAUUACAGGACGCUUAGGAAGCCUUGCCUUAAGUGACGAUCGCUCACGGGAACUUACACAGCCGCAAUUCAAACAGAUCUUGUCGAUCGAAGGCAAAAACUUUGCGGAAUUCCGUUAUCAGACUCUUGAUAUCGCAGAAACCUCGACCUUGGGCUUUAACUCGACAUUUUAUCUCGAUGUCGGGUCUUUGAAAGUCCACUUUUUGGAGCAGCCUCUGCACGACAUUUAUCUCUUCGUCACCAAGUUAGCAAAACUCAAGGUUCUUUAUGAUGCUGCACGUGACGCUGCAGUCCAGAGAGCUUCGGAGAUUGAGAGAAUGCAAUUUAACGUCUCUGUCAAGACACCAAUCAUCGUUUUCCCUUCGGAUCCUAGCCGUUUGCAAGACGUCUUGGUCAUGCGACUGGGGGAGAUUAGUGCCCGUAAUUCACACGAGGCUCAUGCUAGUAAAAUCACCGCCAGUUUACGUGGUAUUCAGCUGAUGUCCGACAUCUAUCAUGAUGGAGCAUCCUCUAUGCUCAAGAUCGUUGACGACAUUGAUAUCAUUGCGAAUGUGAUUCAAACUAGCGGAAUCGACCGAUCGCAGGAGAGUGAACUUCCAGACACUCAGAUUGCAGUGAAGAUAUCUGACGUCAAGUUGUACUUGACACAAACUCAAUACAUUCUUCUUAUGAAGUUCGCGCAGUCCAUACCCAAGGUUUUGGUCGCUUCACCGGAAGGAAAUGUCCAGGCUCUGGAGUUAGCAUCGCCUCCUGUGAGCAGCAGUGACAGCGGCGGUACUACGAGCGAUCAUCUAGUAAACCUCGAGCCCGAACUCCACAUAGUUGACGGUAUCCGCGCGUGGACGACCGUGGAUCUGGUUGCUUCUGUCAAGAUGGUGAAGUUACAUUUGUACGAUAGUUUGGCAACCCACGAAGAAAAUCUCGAAGACCAUAGCAUAGUGCGUUUUGCACUCAAUGGUAGCAGCUUGCGCUACAAGUCGAUAUCUGAUGGCGCUGCGGAGGCUCAAGUUGUGCUGAAGUCAUUCACAAUGAGCAAUACCCGCCCAGGAGGAUCCAAGUUCCGUGAAAUUAUACCUGCAGCGGAUCAUGAUCGUAACCAAUUCAUGGUUCUCUACACGACGUCUGGUAGCUCUUCAAUGGUCAUUCUGACUGUGGAUUCACCGCACGUUAUUCUGGCUAUUGAGCCCGUCAUCGCAUUGUUGGAGUUCUUCAUGAGCGCAUUUCAGCAGGACGCUCCGGUCGACAUUGAUAACACAUCCACGACUGAGUCUCAACGCGAGUCACCGCAGUCUCGAGUUGAUUUCCGAUUUGAUAUGCACGAUGUUUCUGUUAGUGUCCUAGAGAACGAUGAAGACGCGAACUCCCAGGCUCUCAGAUUGUACAUUGACCAAAUUUUGUUGUCACAACAAAGGAUUCUUACGUUGACUGUCAAUCGACUAGGGAUGUCGCUUAUCCGCAUGGGCGCCGAUGCCGAUACUGUACGCUUCUUGGAUGAUGUUGAUUUGACCUUUUCUAUGGAUAGUCAAUCAUCAACACGAGAACAGAUGACGAGCAUGGAACUCGCUGCCAAACCUAUUGUGUUCCGAGCCUCCUACCGAGAUAUCAUGCUGAUCACCACCAUCGCUAGCAAAGCGGUGGACCUUUAUGGCAAAUCUCAAGAUAGUUCUUCCGUGACCAGCACUACUAGUACGAAGUCCGCACAGCCAUACGAGGGGCCCAGCCAAGCAUCACGGUCUAAUGCCACGAGAAGCCAUAGACAUACUAUCGGAGAGGCCCGUGUUUUGGUAUCGACGGAACAGCUAAAAGCAUCGUUUGAUGGAUUCCGUCUGAUCCUCAUAGGCGACAUGCAUGAGCAGCCUAUGCUUCACUUGAAGAUUAAACCAUUUAUCAUUGGUGCUCGUGAUUGGUCUGCAGAUCUUCGCGCUACUGCUACCCUUGCAACCCAAAUCAGUUACUGGAACUUGUCAAAUUCACAUUGGGAACCUCUAAUUGAUCCAUGGACCUUCACUCUUUCGGUUGGCCGAGAUCAACGCUCGAGUGAAUUCAAGGUAUCGGUAUCAGCGCAAGAACGUUUAGAUCUCAACGUCAGUACUGCUUUUGUGGAGCUUGCUGUCACGUCUGCCAAUAUGUGGGGUAAGGAAGGACAAGUCUUGCUACAGAAGGCCCGUGGAAGCUUCGCACCAUACCGUAUCAGGAAUCGCACCGGAUCCACUCUCUUCGUGUGGUCUGACGAUGAUGCCAGUCGUGACUCAAAGGAUGCCGGUGCAGUCAAGAUUACAAAUGAUCAAACUGUGGACUGGAGGUUUGAUGAUUGGAAGACAAUGCGCGAGGCAAGUAAACUUAUGCGUUUCAGUGGUGCUCAUGUCUCAAUCUCUGAACAACACAACAUUGGCAUACAGAUUGUCGGCAAGCCAUGGGAAGCGCUGAGAGGUAUACCAGUGGACAGAGAAGGAGAAUAUACGUUCUCCCUUCGCCCUCGAAUGGAGACAUACGCUGAUCGCUUGUUAUGCGCUGUAUCGGUUGAAGACAACGUAAAAAUCGUCACACUCCGUUCCACAUAUCUGGUCGAAAAUCAGACCUUUUAUCCACUGGAACUUACGCUGGUAGAUCAUACAGGACAUCCGGUUUACUCGUUAGAAAAGAUAGCCCCCGGCAAGGAUUACGCUCUGCCCAUAGAAGCAGUAACCCAGAACAGGAUCCGACUGCAGCCAGAUCAGGGGUUCGGGUACAGAUGGUGCUCCUCCAUACGCUUUGAGGAUCUCAUUACCAAGAAGAGUCUUACGAUAAGUUGCCCUCACAAUGACCAGCAAGAAGCUCCUUUUCGAUUUCAAGCGUGGGCACAAAGUGACUCGAAUGAGCCUGGAACACGGAAACCACCGAAAAUUAAACUCAAACUUCGUGCGCCAAUCGAGCUUGAGAACCUACUGCCUUACAACAUCCAGUAUCGAAUAUAUGACAAGGAUGCUAAUCAAAACUGGAAGAGCUAUCUUAGAAAGGGUGGCGUCAUGCCUGUGCAUUCUGUGGAAUUAAGUCAUUUGAUCCUCUUGAAUGCCGAAGUCCAGGAUACGAUCUUUAAGCCCAGCGAUUUCGCCAUUAUUAACACUGACCGGAAUUCGGACUUUGAUGUAGAGUCUCGUUUAAGUCUGCGGGACCAGAGUAAUCGCAAACUUGAUCUACGUCUGAACUACGUACGCUAUCCUGAGUCCGGUGGUGCCUUCAAAGUCCAGAUAUAUUGCCCGUAUCUCGUUAUUAACAAGACCGGGUUGCCCUUUGCUGUGAAAGCUGCACGUUCUCAUCGAGCGAUCUCCCCUGUCGAGAUUGCCGCUGAUACUAGACUCGAUGUUAUUUCCAAACCAGUUCCAUUCUUAUUGUCACACCCCAAUGACAAUGGUCAAGCAUUUGUGUUUAAAAUCGGUGAAUCUGGUUGGUCGAAGGUCUUUAGUCUAGAGGCCCCUUCUGCGGAAACUGAGAUGGUUAUACCGUCCUCAAGGCAAAAAGCAGAGGAGUUCCACAUUGGAUUGUCGUGGACUGAAGGGUUGGGGAAAUACAAACUCAUCAAGGUCAUAACCUUCGCCCCAAGGUUCCUCAUCAAGAAUAAUCUGCCUGAUCCCAUAUGCUUCCGCGAGCAUGGCGCACCGCCCAGAGGCCGCGCAAUACUCGAUCCAGGCGAACGUUGUCCAAUGCAGAUCAUGCGUGCGAGCCGGGAAAAAAUGCUUACUAUUGCGUACCCUGGACUCAAUUCUCAGUGGUCUGCACCCAUAAACAUUGAAGAUAUAGGCUCUGUUUACCUUCGCGUCGGACUCUCAGACGGCGGCGUGCAUGCAGUGAAGGCUGACGUCGUGAUUGAUGGAUCCACGAUAUUCGUAAUACUGUCUGCUACGGAAAAAUGGCCCUUCGUUAUCGAGAACGACAGCGAUUUCUCUGUCUCCAUGUCACAAUGCGAUCCCAAACGUGGUGAUGCUGACGUGGUGAAAUCGUCUACACCACGAUACAAGUUAGCGCCUCACUCAAACAUGCCAUAUGCCUGGGACCAGCCUGCUGCCAGGGAAAAGAAGAUCACACUCACGAUAAACGAUGCUUCCCGCAAUGUAGACAUCAUGGAAAUUGGUGUUCUCGUGCCAUUCAAGUUCCAUGAUCGCAAAAGGACUCGUGCUGUUUCGUUGGACGUAAGAGCAGAUGGACACCAACAAAUAUUACGCAUCACACCAUAUGUAGCUGAGCACAGCCUCUACAAGCCGAAAUUCCACAGUUCGAGCUCCCUGUCACGGUCCGACACCAUGACCAGCAGCACAGAAGGUUUUGAGGCGAUCAUGGAAGUCGUCUCUCCGACAUUGUCAUUCAACAUGGAGUUCGCGGGAAUAGCGAUAUCGUUGGUUAACCGCAGGAUGGUCGAAGUUGUUUAUACAUCCAUCGAAUCAUUGAAGUUCGAGUAUAGCAACAGCCCUGUUGCACAGUCUUUGAACCUAUCAUGUGGCUCACUACAGAUAGACAACCAGCUGCAUGAUGCGCUGUACCCGGUCAUUAUCCAGCCAAGCCCAAUAGCCAAGGAAGCCAGUGGUGUUGCAGUUCUCCCGACAAUACAGGGUUCAGUGAUUUGGCUCAAAGACCAAGAACACGGUGUCCUAUUCGUCAAGUAUUGCUCUAUCCUCCUCCAGGCAUUGACCAUUGAAGGAGACGAGGACCUGCUUUUCGCCAUAUACGAUCUUACACAAAUCCAGGGCCUCUCAUGGGAGGAGAACACUGAGGAUGUUUUGAUACAAUAUCCAGAAGAAAUACCAGAACCUCACCUCUCUGCUGCUGGACAAGUUGUCUACUUUGAAGUUUUGGAACUUCAACCAAUACAACUGUCUCUCUCAUUCAUGCGUACUGAAAGAAUUAGUAGCGAGGAAAAGCUCAGCAUUCGCAACCCUCUAGCUGUCGUCGUAAAUGCAUUGACAAUGACCUUGGGUAACAUCAAUGACGCGCCGUUGGAGUUGAAUGCACUGGUCAUCAAAGACAUGCGACUGACAAUACCUGAACUGCAGGCUAGAAUCACUUACCAUUACCGUCAAGAUGUUCUUCGUCAGCUAUACCGCAUCCUCGGAUCAGCCGAUUUCAUUGGAAAUCCUGUUGGGCUAUUCACGAAUGUCAGCUCUGGCGUGUCAGAUAUUUUCUAUGCCCCAUACAACGGGGUUGUUAUGCACGGCAACAAGGAGCUGGGGAUUGGAAUUGCCAAAGGUGCCGCUAGCUUUGUGAAGAAAACAGUGUUUGGCUUAUCGGAUAGUAUGACCAAGUUCACCAGCAGUGUUGGCAAAGGACUAUCUGCAGCAACUUUUGAUUCUGAGUAUCAGGCUCAACGUAGAAUGAACCAGCGGCGCAAUCGCCCGCGUCAUGCUAUCUACGGUGUUGCGGCAGGGGGCGAAGCCUUUGCCAGUAGCGUUGUUAGCGCAAUGGAAGGGAUUGUUACAAAACCUAUACAGGGUGCUGAAACAGAAGGAGCACUCGGGUUCUUCAAGGGCGUUGGAAAGGGCCUUGUGGGUGUUGUUACCAAACCAGCCGUUGGAGUCUUUGACCUCGCGUCCAACUUAUCGGAAGGGAUCCGAAAUACAACAACUGUGUUUGACAAACCAGAGCGAGAUCGUGUUCGUCUACCAAGACAUGUCCCAUCGGAUGGCAUUUUGCCGUUCUCUGCUCGUGAAGCCUUGGGUCAGUAUUGGAUGAAGGAUCUUGACAAUGGUGCAUAUCGCAAAGAGGCCUACGUUGCGCACAUUGAUUCUCCUGGUAGUGAUAACGUCAUAUUGUUGACUUCGACACGAGUUCUUUCCUUUUGGUCGAAAAAGCUCCGCCUUGAUUGGGAUCUCCCCCUGGCCAUGGUGCAGGGUGUUGCAGUGGAAGACACUGGCAUCCGUUUCACUCACAAAUCUGGAAAAGAACAUGACAAAUUCGUAUUCAUACCGGAUAAAACAUCUCAAGCCUGGUUCUUUGGUCAGAUCGCUUCUGUAGUCAAAGCCUUCAACAAUCGUCGCAGAAUGGACUCAUGA